UGUAAGGCAGAACAGGUCCACACUGGUCACUGCAGAGACUAAAGGCGUGUCCCGUCUUCCCCGUGGCCAUUUCCUGCCGAGAAGCCUGCUUCACCUUCCCAGCCUAGAUCCUGGGAUUCCUCACUUCUGAGCCCACACCUAGAUCCUGCCUCCAAAACCAGCCUUCUAGUUCUUCCCUUUCUACCUAGAGUCUCCUUCAGGGGACCUUUGUCCUGGGCCAUGGCCCUAAGGGUGGGCCUGGGACCCGGGCAGCUGGAAGCUGUGACCAUUCUGCUCCUUAUUGGAUUGCUCCAGUCAAGAGUCGGAGCUGACAGGACUGAAGCCUCCUGUGGUGCAGUCAUCCAGCCACGCAUCACAGGUGGUGGCAGUGCAAAGCCUGGUCAGUGGCCCUGGCAGGUCAGCAUCACCUACAAUGGCGUCCAUGUUUGUGGAGGGUCUCUCGUGUCAAAUCAAUGGGUGGUGUCAGCUGCUCACUGCUUCCCCAGAGAACACAGCAGGCAAGAGUAUGAGGUAAAGCUGGGGGCCCACCAGCUAGACUCCUACAGCAAUGACACUGUGGUCCACACAGUGGCUCAGAUCAUCUCCCACUCAAGCUACCGAGAAGAGGGCUCCGAGGGUGACAUCGCACUCAUCCGCCUCAGCAGCCCUGUCACCUUCUCCCGCUACAUCAGACCCAUCUGCCUCCCUGCAGCCAAUGCCUCCUUUCCCAAUGGCCUUCUCUGUACUGUCACAGGAUGGGGUCAUGUGGCUCCUUCAGUGAGUCUCCAGACCCCCAGGCCUCUGCAGCAGCUCGAGGUACCACUCAUCAGCCGUGAAACCUGUAGCUGCCUGUACAACAUUAAUGCGGUGCCUGAAGAACCCCACACUAUCCAGCAGGACAUGCUGUGUGCUGGCUAUGUGAAGGGGGGCAAGGAUGCUUGCCAGGGUGACUCUGGAGGCCCACUCUCUUGUCCCAUGGAGGGCCUCUGGUAUUUGGCUGGCAUUGUGAGUUGGGGUGAUGCCUGUGGUGCCCCCAACAGGCCUGGAGUAUAUACUCUGACAUCUACCUAUGCUUCCUGGAUCCACCACCAUGUGGCAGAACUCCAACCUCGUGUUGUCCCCCAGACUCAGGAGUCCCAGCCGGAUGGCCACCUCUGCAACCACCAUCCUGUCUUCAACUCAGCUGCAGCCCAGGAAUUGUUAAGGCCCAUACUUUUCCUGCCACUGGGUCUGACCCUGAGCCUCUUCUGCCUUUGGCUUGAACAUUAAGCUACUUAACCCUCAAAGUUGACCAUGCUUCCAGGACCACAGCGCGCCCAAAGACUGUUUGGGAGGGCAGCACGCAGACUUGAUCUUUGAGCCCACUCUUCUGCAUUUGCUCUUUGGAAUUAUAAUCUAGGGCGGAGAAGUUUACAGCCUGUGGAAUGGGCCAGGAAUUCUAGCCACCCUUCUAAUAUCUGCAGCUUAUUGGUUAGGCUCCUAUGGAGCUCCCAGAAGCCUCAGCUAGGAACAGGAACCCUCACUUCAACCUGUAUCUAGCACUCAGGGCCGCUGCCUAGCUGACUGCUGCAGAAGGCUGGCUUCAGGGCCCUGCCCACCCUGCCCUAUGAGCCCUUCACUUCGUCCUCUUCCUGCCUCCUGGACUUUGCCUGUCUUUCUGACAGGAAAGACAGCAGCCUUAAUCUCCUGGACUCCGGAGGACUGAGCCCCCACCGGAGCUGGCUGGGGCUUGGAUCAGGGUGAGGAGUAAAAGGGGCAAGGAUAAAUGUU